AUGCACAGGGUGGAUACGGUCAGCGCGUUGCGCGAAGCCACGGAGCCUGGCGUGAUAACGCGCAGCUUGCUCCUUUCUCUGGCGAUCGAGCAGGGACCGAAGAAAGAAGGCGGCCGCCUGUUUCUUCAAGACGGAAUCGAGCUGGAUAAAUUGCAAGAGAUUCGCAUCGAGUUCCUCAAGAUCUUAAACAUCGAUCACCUCUGGCUGUUGAAAAACUUGGUCAAACUGUCGCUGUCUCACAAUGUUAUCGAGAGAAUCGAGAACCUGGAUGAGCUCUGUCACCUGAGAGAACUGGACCUCUCGUUUAAUCGUAUUAAGAUUAUGGAAAACUUGAACAAUUUACGUCAACUGGAGAUUCUGCUUCUGCACAGCAACGAGAUCUCGAUCGUUCAGGGUAUAAACAACUUGAGGAAGUUGACCAUUUUAAACAUCGGUAAAAAUAGGAUCGACGACUGGAAUCACGUUGUAUAUCUACGUGGCUUCAAGUCGCUCAAAAGUUUGAACAUGUGCGACAAUCCUUGCACGGAGACGGACGGAUACUUGGACUAUCUGUUUGCAUUUGUGCCUCAGUUAAUUUAUUAUCAAUACAGAAUGAUAUCCGAGAGUCAGCGUCAAUCCGCUAUCGAUAAACAUUAUCGUGUAAUCAGCAAUCUCGAAGAAAACGAGGCAAAGAUGCGAACGGAAUUGGCGCUGCAACGAGAAUUCGAAGACAAGAUCGCAUUGCUGUCUGCGUCGUACGUGGAGCACCUUGAUGGAGAUUACCUGUUUCAACAAAUGUUCUCUCCCGAUGAAGCAGGCAAAACGUUGUCCACGAUAAACGAAAAUACGCAGAGCGCAUUCGAGGAGUACAAAACGUCGUUCAUUGCAAUAUGCCACGAAUUAUACGAGCUGGGUUUACGAGAGAACGAUAAGAGAACAGAGGACAUAAGAUUGCUUGAAGCUGCUGUUAACGAAGGCAAGGAAAAUACGCAAAAUGAAGCGAGAAGAAUCGUGGAUGACGUACUCGAGAAAAGGACAAAGAUAUUUGCGAAUAUAAAAAAUGUGAUAGAAGCUUUGGUAGAAAAGCAGGAAGAAGAGGCCGAGAACGCGGCCGCGAAAGCAAGGGAAUUAUUCAAUGAAUUCGAUGAUUUAUUGUCCAAGGCGCGAAAUCAAUUAAUGUCUAAAGAAAUGAUAUUGCAUGAUCAAAUGGAGGAUAUAAACGAGGUGUUCAGGAUUAAUAUGACAGACAUGGUCGAGUCGUUCCUAGAAACCGCGCGAGGACAAUUUUCCCUGUUACGAAACGCGGAGAUUAAAUAUAACAAUGUUAUAAACGAGUUAGUUUCACGUUAUCUAAGCGGUUUUGAGGACGAGGCACACAUACCAUCACAUCUUAAGGAUCUGUGCUGCGACAAGGAUACUUUGGCCACCACUCUUGCCGCUUCGCACGAUAUACACUUACGGGUGAUAGACGAUCGAAAGAAGCGCAUGAUAAAUCGACUCGACAAUUGGCUCAAAGACUACAUCGAUCAGUUAAUCACGGAUGAGAAUACAAGGAAUCGUCAGCAAAUAUUGGAAAUAUCGCAUUUUUUUGAAUUUCAACAGCAACAACUUAAUUCGUUAAGCUUGCCACAACAGUUAGAUUUGGAGGACAUUGACCUAGGCGAUGACGGUAUAUUGGAAAAUUAAUGAUU